AUGCGCCUCUGGUCCCUCCUCUACCUCGGCAGCGCCCUAGCCCUGUCCAUCCCCAAUCAAAUGCACCUCCCAUUCGCCCCAUCUCCCAACAGCCUCGAAAACGGCGUGCAACAAACUCUCGCCAUAAACUGGUCAAUCCAAAAUGGCAGUCUCUACGCCAACGAAAACCAAAUCUACCCUCCCUCCCUCACAAUGCAACUCCGUGCCCCGCUCUACGAAGCAAACACCCCCACUGAUAAAUCCGUCGAUCUCUCAUACACCCUCGACACCCGUCCACUAUCAACAGACCGCGUAGGAGCAGUCGCAGGCAUGAUCCGCGUCCGCAUUGAACUCCUCGACCUGCACGGGAAUCUGAUUUCGCCCAAUGCCGUCGCUGUCGAUAUGCUCACUUACCAGGACGGUGAUCAUCAUAUUACCCGUAUCCGCGUUGAGCCUGCGCGCGGAGGGCGUCAGGAUGAUCGAUUUGCGCAGAAGAGCCGGCCUUGGGUUGUGAAGUAUUGGUCUACGCAGUUUGGGUCGCUUUUCGAUAAUGUCCACGGAAAGUCUGAGAGUCAGAUCCAGGCUGCGCGACCUGAUGUGGCCCCGUCCAAGUUCUCCAUUGCUUCGUUCUGGGCUGCUCCUGAGGCACAUGUUCAUGGUCACCCGCACCAUCGCCCUGGUCACUCGUUCCGACGUAUUGUCGGCCCUAUCAUCUUGCCUGCGGUGAUGGGGGCUGUGGCUGGGCUGGCGGCCUGUUUGGUUGGUUUCUUCCUGGGUCACUUGUUUAUGUCUUUUGCUGUGCGGGCUGGCUGGAAGGCAAGUCCUCAAUCGGUCGAGAAAGAUAUGGAUUGGACUUCGGAGAAGUCACUCAUGGUGCCUCAUAUAUAUGUCACUGAUGUGACUGAGUCGGUAUGA